GUGACGGCUCUCUGGACCACUCAGCCGUUUCCUGGAUGAUGUAAUGCUGGUUACGUCAGAUCCUGGAGAAAUGAUGGUGAGGGAGACCGCUGUAAAACAACAACAAAGCGUCUGGAAAUCAAAGUAAAAGAAACCGAAAUAAUACCGACACGAAACAAUUACAAAGAUUAGGUGCUUCACGGCGACUCCUCAGCGAAAUGGCGGCUGAGGAGGUCAGGGAAGUGGUUCGUGUGAGAGUCAAGAAGUGUGAUGGGUUCCAGCAGCCAGAGUUGCGCUCCUUUGCAGUGGACCCACAGAUCACUUCACUGGACGUCCUGCAGCACAUCCUGAUCAGAGCCUUCGACCUCAAUGAGAAGAGGAGUUUUGGGAUCAGCUACCUGUCCCGGGACAGGCAGGGUGUGGAGCUGUACCUCUCUCUGCUGUCGGACUGGGACCUGGAUGCAGCCUUCCUCAGUGCCUCCAAACCCUACCUGCAGCUGAAGAUCGACAUCAAGCCAGCCGAGGACAGCCCCCUGCUGGAGGACUGGGAUAUCAUCAGCCCGAAGGAUGUGAUAGGUACUGACCUCCUGCCAGGAGAGAGGAAGUCUCUGGCUGCUGCUGCUCUGCCCUUCACACAGUCCCUUCUCUCCCAGGUUGGCAGGACCCUGUCGCGAGUGCAGCAGGCUCUCAGCUGGUCCUAUGGGGAGGAUGCGAAGCCCUUCAAGCCACCACUGAGCGACGCAGAGUUCCACAGCUACCUGAACCACCAGGGUCAGCUGACCCGACCGGAGGAUCUGAGACUGAGGAUCUACCACGGGGGUGUGGAGCCCUCCCUCCGCAAGGUGGUGUGGCGCUACCUGCUGAACGUGUACCCUGACGGUCUGACGGGUCAGGAGCGCAUGGACUACAUGAAGAGGAAGACGCGGGAGUACGAGCAGCUGAAGGGGCAGUGGAGCCAGCGGGCCAGCCCUGAGGACCUGGAGUUCAUCCGGGGGAACGUGCUGAAAGACGUGCUGAGAACUGACCGCACGCACCCUUACUACGCAGGGUCCGAGGACAGCCCCCACCUCACCGCGCUGACCGACCUGCUCACUACCUACGCCAUCACUCACCCGCAGAUCUCGUACUGCCAGGGUAUGAGUGACCUGGCCUCCCCCAUCCUGGCUGUCAUGGAUAACGAGGCCCACGCCUUCAUCUGCUUCUGCGGGCUCAUGAAGCGCCUGGAGGGGAACUUCCGGCCGGACGGCAGCCUCAUGUCCCUCAAGUUCCAGCACCUGAAGCUGCUGCUGCGCCACUCCGACCCCGAGUUCUAUGCCUACCUGGUCUCCCGCGGCGCGGACGACCUCUUCUUCUGCUACCGCUGGCUGCUGCUCGAGCUUAAGAGGGAGUUCGCCUUUGAGGACGCCCUGAGGAUGCUGGAGGUCACCUGGAGCUCCCUGCCCCCUGACCCUCCGGAGACCGAGGUGGAGCUGCUGGGGCCUGCCUUGGAGGAGGGCGAGAGGGAGCGGGAGGAGAGUGGGGAGGAAAGGAGGGAGAGGCACAUGGUUAGGCCCACUGUCCAGGGUGAGGGAGAGGAGCGAGAAGGGCUUAGAGAGGGGAGGGAGUUACGAAAGGAGAGGAGGGAGAGGCACUUGCUAAGUUCUACCCCCCAGGGGGAGGGGGACAGAGAAGAGAGGAGGGAAAGGAGGGAGAAGCACAUGCAAAGGCCCACCACUCACGGUGAAGGAGAGGAGAGGAAAAGUGGGGAGACGAGUGACGGAGAUGAGAGGGAGAACACAGGCGAGGAGAGGAUGGAGAGAGGCAAAGAUGAGAGUGGUGAAGAAUGGAGGAAGAAGCACUUGUUUAGACUUGCUGACCAGGGUGAUAGGGAUGGCGAUAGGUGGGAGGAGAGGGAGAGGUAUGAGAGGGUCAUGUUAAGACCCACCACCCCAGUUGAGGGAGAGGAGAGUGAGAGGGAAAGGAGAGCAGAGACGCUUAGGCUGAGACCAGCCUCCCAGCAUGAGAGAGAGGAGGGGGGAGGAGAGAGGGAGGAGAUGGAGACAAGAGAGAGAGAAGAAGGUAGGAGGGAGAGAGAGGGGACGAUUACUGGAGAUAGUAGGGAGAGGAUGCUGAGACCGUACCAAGAUGAAGAGGAGAGGGAAAGACAAAGAAAGGGUGAGAGUGAGUUAGUGGAGAAAGAAAGGAGGCACACAGAGAGACCCAACACCCAAGGUGAAGGGGGGGGAGAAGGGAGGUGCGAACCGAGACCCAACACCCAGGAUGGGAGAGAGGAAAAUGAGAGUGGGGUGAGGAUAGAGAUAGAAGCAAGAGUGAAAGAGGGGAGAGAUGGACUGAGGUGGAAUAACCGAGGGGUGAGAGAGGGGGGAAGGGAUCCUGAAGAAAAUCCUUCUGAGGAUGCUGAGAGGGCGGGAAUCAUAGGGAGCGAAGAACACAAACCAAGUCUAAAAGAGAAUCCAUCAGCAGAACUGGAUUGGGGAAUACCGAGGCCCGUAGAGGAUUCUUUCGCGGUGAAAGCAGAGGGAGGAAGGCAAGCAUCCACCGGGGAAGGAUUACUGAUAAAAGAACAGAACAAAGCAGAGGGAGAGGGAAAGGUGGGGCACAGUGUCCUGCCACUGACACCCCUAGGAAAACAAUCCAGUUUCGGGGAGUAUAAAUACUACAGCGCCUGCAACGAGAGUUUUGACCUUGAGGAAAAAACAAACUUGGAGAAUCUGGACAAUGUGAUCAAUCUGAUAAAUGUUUUAAACAGCACAGUGGAUGAGACUAGCCAGACUCCUAGCCCAUCUGUCCUCUCCCGACACCCCACUGAGGAAAGCGAGGGAGAGCUGGGAGAAGGGGAGAGAGAACCUCUCAUUAAACUGCCAAAUCAGCCGCCUGCCUCCCACCCCCUCCCAGUCAGCAACGUCUCCAGGAGAACAACGUCACCCAGUGGAAGGGUGGGCUCUCCAUCUCUACCCAAUGGGAAGCCAGCCUCCCCUUUGCUGGCCAAUGGGAAGCUGGCCUCGCCUUUGUUGGCCAAUGGGAAGGUAGGAUCUCCUUGCCUCUGCGGCGACAGAGAAAGAGGAGAGCGCCCAGUCUCUCCCUGCCUACCCAACUGGCGCACUGCAUCUUUCUCGCUGCCCAAUAGGAAGUCCCCAUCUGCGCCGACCGGGCGUCGUAACUCCACUUACUCCCCCCCUUCAUCCUCUCCCUGCCUGUCCAACAGACUACCUUCCCCCUCCCUCCCCAACAAGACAAGCACCCCUGCUACCCCGGAGGGCCAGGUUUGGGGCGUCACGCAGAAAGAAGACAAGCAGCCCCCAGUUUCCCUGCCGCCCCCUCAGGAAUUUGGCAAAGGGAACCCCUUCAUGCUUUUCCUGUGCCUGUCCAUCCUCCUGGAGCACAGGGAUCACAUCGUGAAGAACGGGCUGGAUUACAACGAGCUGGCCAUGCAUUUCGACAGGCUGGUCCGCAAGCACAACCUGAACAGAGUGUUGCACCGCGCCAAGGCUUUGUUCGCAGAUUACCUGCACAGCGAGGUCUGGGACUCGGAGGAAGGGGACGAGGCCAGCUCUGACUCCCCGGCACCCCAGAGCCCUUCUCAGCCUUUCUCCUGACCUUUCCUAUCCUCUGGUGGAAACCAGCCAGUGACAAUGACCAAUACACAGCUCCCAACACGUCCCCAUGUAACGCUGCUAAUGGGGCUGCUGUUCCUUCUUUGUAUGACGUACAGUAACAACCAGUAACAAUGCUGGUGACGACAGACUGUUUUGUGAGACGGCAUAGCAUGUAUUCAUAAGUAUAAAUCACAUUUAUUUGAAGAAUUUGAUGGACUCUCCCGAGAAUGUACAGAAGCGCUCCAGCAAUGACGCUGCAAUGUCAGGAAGUGUUACAAAUCAGCGAUCAAACCAAUUUUAGGGUUUUUUUUUUUUCCUGAUACAGAAUUAUUUCAAUCCUGUUUUCAUGACCUUUAUGACGACCUGGAGUAUCAAUCCUAGGGUUGGAACAAUAAUCGAUUUAUUGGGGUAUUAUAUGAAAUGUAUUUGUUAUUUAUAGUGUUAGAAAAGUAUUAUUUAUAAUGUCAUUAAUAAUCUUGCAACAGAUGUUUUAUUCCUCUUAAUUUGUAUAUAAAGAGAUGCUGUGUGGAGGGGGAUGGGGGUGUUGUGCCAUGUAUUAAACUGGGAAAUGAAAAACACAGACCCCUCUCCCUAUUGGGGGAGAGAACACUGGUAUGACUUUAUUUUGAAAAAGCAAAAAAAAAAUAGGGAGGAGGUCUCAAUUUAUGUGAAAACAAUAUUUAAGAAAAUGGUGGUUAUCGAGAUAAAUGUGUCCGGUAAUUGAAAAUAUCAUUAUCAUCCAGCCCUAAUCAUUUCAAAUGAACACAUUAACACAAGAGGUCAAGCAUCCUCUACUGGUCAACGUGAGCUGGACUGACCCUCUUCAUGGCCACACACAGAAGUCUGUAUAGAUGUCACUGUGUUGUCCAUUACGUACAACUGUUUUGUUAUAACUGGGGUGAGUUUUCACAAAAAAACUCUGUAGAAGGUCAGAUCUAAUCAAGAACCCCCCCACAAAAAAAAAAAAAGAAACCCAA